CCACUUUUCUUACUUUUCUCUGCACAUCGCCAAUUCCAAGCAAAGUGCUGGCAACUUCUGUCGGUGCUCUGUUCCCACUCUCCCGAGAUGUCCCGAAGCCCGGUCUUCGCUGUGUCUUGCCUCACCGCCGUCCUCAUCCUCACUUUUUGCGGUAUCGGCGAAAGUGCGGACGACCUCAAACCAGCGGAUGCUAAAGUGGAAACGCGGCCCGUCUUCAUGCCCGAGGCGGACGCCGCCAGCUUCUUCAAACGCCGCAGUCGGCGCUCGGUGAGAUUCUACGAGCAGCUCGCUGAGCAGAGAAUGCACCGGGCAAACUCGGAGCGUCGGAGGGAGUACAACGAGGAGCAACGCGACGAGUACGAGAACUACGCUGAAGAGGACCGCGACGAGCAAGGGGAACGAACGAGGGAGAAAAACGAGCAAAUUCGAGAGUACAACUACGAUGGGCGGUACCCUCGUUACCACUGGUUUCACUGAGCAUAUUAACAGCUAGUAGAAACAUCUAUUUUAAAAUAGCUUGAAAUGUUUAAAAAAAAAAAAAAUUAAUAAAAAUGGAGCACUCAACAGGACACCUACAAUUGAUUUUCUGCAUUGUGUAUUACUGUAUUUUUUUUUUUUUUUUUUUUGCAUGGCACACUUCCGAAAAAUAAAGGGAACACUCUAAAACA